CCUGGGUUCCAGGGUCUUGUUUUCUCUCAUUUCCGGGUGGGUCAGGUGACUCCCCGGCUGCGCCAUGGCGGAAGCAGAGGAGCAGGAAACUGGAUCUCUGGAAGAAUCUACAGAUGAGUCUGAGGAAGAAGAGAGUGAAGAGGAGCCCAAACUGAAGUACGAAAGGCUCUCCAAUGGCGUAACUGAAAUCCUUCAGAAAGAUGCUGCUAGCUGCAUGACGGUCCAUGACAAGUUCUUGGCACUGGGCACACAUUAUGGCAAGGUUUAUUUACUUGAUGUCCAGGGGAACAUCACUCAGAAGUUUGAAGUAAGUCCUGUGAAGAUAAAUCAGGUUAGCCUGGAUGAAAGUGGAGAACACAUGGGCGUGUGUGCAGAGGAUGGCAAGGUGCAGGUGUUUGGACUGUAUUCUGGAGAAGAAUUUCAUGAGACUUUUGACUGUCCCAUUAAAAUCAUUGCUGUGCACCCGCAUUUCGUGAGAUCCAGCUGCAAGCAGUUUGUGACGGGAGGGAAGAAGUUGCUGCUGUUUGAACGAUCUUGGAUGAGCAGAUGGAAGUCUUCAGUUCUGCAUGAAGGGGAAGGGAACAUAAGGAGUGUGAAGUGGAGGGGCCAUCUGAUUGCCUGGGCCAAUAAUAUGGGCGUGAAGAUUUUUGACAUCACCUCAAAGCAGAGAAUCACGAACGUGCCCCGGGAUGAUAUAAGUCUUCGCCCAGAUAUGUAUCCCUGUAGCCUCUGCUGGAAGGACAAUGUGACGCUGAUCAUUGGCUGGGGGACGUCUGUCAAGAUAUGCUCGGUGAAGGAACGGCACGCCAGUGAAAUGAGGGACUUGCCAAGUCGAUAUGUUGAAAUAGUGUCUCAGUUUGAAACUGAAUUCUACAUCAGUGGACUGGCACCUCUCUGUGAUCAGCUUGUUGUACUUUCCUACGUAAAGGAGGUUUCUGAAAAAACGGAAAGAGAAUACUGCGCCAGACCCAGAUUGGAUAUCAUCCAGCCACUUUUGGAGACUUGUGAAGAGAUUUCUUCUGAUGCUCUGACCGUGAGGGGUUUUCAGGAAAAUGAAUGUAGAGAUUAUCACUUAGAGUACUCAGAAGGGGAGUCACUCUUUUACAUCGUGAGUCCAAGGGAUGUUGUUGUAGCGAAGGAACGAGACCAAGAUGACCACAUCGACUGGCUUCUUGAAAAGAAGAAAUAUGAAGAAGCUUUGAUGGCAGCUGAAAUUAGCCAAAAGAACAUUAAAAGACAUAAGAUUCUGGACAUCGGCUUGGCGUAUAUAAACCACCUGGUGGCAAGAGGAGAGUAUGAUAUAGCAGCACGCAAAUGCCAGAAAAUUCUUGGAAAAAAUGCAGCACUCUGGGAAUACGAAGUUUAUAAAUUUAAAGAAAUUGGACAGCUUAAGGCGAUUAGUCCUUACUUGCCAAGAGGGGAUCCAGUUCUGAAACCACUCAUCUAUGAAAUGAUCUUACAUGAAUUUUUGGAAAGUGAUUAUGAGGGUUUUGCCACGUUGAUCCGAGAAUGGCCGGGAGAUCUGUACAACAAUUCAGUAAUAGUUCAAGCGGUUCGGGAUCACCUGAAGAAAGAUAGUCAGAACAGGACCUUACUUAAAACCCUGGCAGAAUUGUACACCUACGACAAAAACUACGGCAAUGCUUUGGAAAUAUACCUAACACUAAGACACAAGGACGUUUUCCAGUUGAUCCACAAGCAUAAUCUUUUCAGUUCUAUCAAGGAUAAAAUUGUUUUAUUAAUGGAUUUUGAUUCUGAGAAAGCUGUUGACAUGCUUCUGGACAAUGAAGAUAAAAUUUCAAUUAAAAAAGUAGUGGAAGAAUUAGAAGACAGACCGGAGUUGCAGCACGUGUAUCUGCAUAAGCUUUUCAAAAGAGACCACCAUAAGGGACAGCGCUACCAUGAGAAGCAGAUCAGCCUUUAUGCUGAAUUCGACCGACCCAACUUGCUUCCAUUUCUCCGAGACAGUAUCCAUUGCCCCCUUGAAAAGGCUCUUGAGAUCUGUCAACAGAGAAACUUUGUAGAAGAGACAGUUUAUCUUCUCAGCCGAAUGGGUAACAGCCGAAGUGCCCUGAAGAUGAUCAUGGAGGAAUUGCAUGAUGUUGAUAAAGCGAUUGAAUUUGCCAAGGAGCAGGACGAUGCAGAACUCUGGGAAGAUCUGAUUUUAUAUUCCAUUGACAAACCACCAUUUAUCACCGGCUUGUUAAACAACAUUGGCACGCAUGUUGACCCGAUUCUACUAAUUCACCGUAUUAAGGAAGGAAUGGAGAUUCCUAAUUUGAGAGACUCCUUAGUUAAAAUUCUACAAGACUACAAUUUACAAAUUCUGCUUCGUGAAGGCUGUAAGAAAAUUCUCGUAGCCGACUCACUGUCCUUACUAAAGAAGAUGCACCGAACUCAGAUGAAAGGCAUUCUAGUUGAUGAGGAGAACAUCUGUGAGUCCUGCCUUUCCCCUAUUCUUCCAUCAGAUGCAGCAAAGCCCUUCAGCAUGGUGGUCUUCCACUGCCGGCAUAUGUUCCACAAGGAGUGCCUGCCCGUGCCCAGCAUGACCUCUCCUGCGCAGUUCUGUAACAUCUGCAGUGCGAAGCACCGGGGACCAGGAAGUGCCAUUUUGGAGAUGAAAAAAUAGCUCGGUUCUGUUUGUCAGCCUCUUCCUCGCCGCUCUUUGAGGACUGCUUUUGCAGCAACAGAAGCUUUUGUUGACACCAGUGCUGUUAAGAGAUUCGUACAUGUUUAGAUUAUGCUUAAGAAGUGCUUCUGCAUCUUCUACUAGAAGGUUCUCUUUGCAGUUGAUAAAGAAGUUAGGGCUUUCCCCAGCCAUACCUUGAAAGAUGUGCGUUCACGGUCACUAUUUUAUCGUUUAUUUGUUUGACUCAUUAUUUAGGAAGAGAAACUGAAGUCUUGGAGUUGGAAGUGACAUUUCAGUAAAACUGUCCAGCCAUAACAUGGACUGCUGAGAGUUGUCCCAGAUGGCUGAGUGCCGUACCACUGAGGCUGUCUAGCAGCACCUUGGACCUUGUUUUCAUAUCCUCUGCCAGCAGCCAGUCUCAGAUUCUGGGUUUGGCUUUUUUUUUUUUUUUUUUUUUAGUAUGUCAUCAACUGUGCUUACCUUCUUAAUUGGCAUUGAAUGAAACAUUGUGCGUGUUGUCACUGACUAUGUGAUGUCUGGGAAUAACAAGAGCAGCCUGAUGCCAUGCAGUUUCAUGUUGACUGAUGACAUGUUCUCUGUGUCCCAAGGACCAGCAGUGUCUGCCCCUGGCAGGCACUCAGCGUUUGUUGAUUGAAUAAAUGUUAGCUCUUCCCACUG